CUCUCUGCUGGGGCUCAGUGGACUAAAAGGAUUUUAAAGGAUAAAAGAAGCUCCUGCAGUUUAUGGUGGAGGCUGCACCUUGUUAGUGUGUCUGGCCGUGGACAUGACAUGCAGGGGAACAGGCUUGAAGUUGUCAGGAGAGUGAUAAGAAACUUUAAUUUAUCUGAAUUUCCUUUGGCGAAGGAUCCAUGUCUGGACUGUUUAUCCCCAAAAGGGUAGCUGCACCUUGAUGGGAGUGGAGUCGGGCUGCAGGUUGGAGGAAGUCUCCAGGUCUCACCUACCAUGGACUACAACGACUCCCACGCCCUUCUCUCCGGGGAGCAGCUCAUUUACGCCAUCACCGUGCCGCUGUCGACCUCCAUCAUCCUGGCCAACCUGGUCAUCAUCCUGGGCAUCGCCUGGAACCGGCAGCUCCACAACACGCCCAACUACUUCUUCCUCAGCCUGCUGGUGGCUGACCUGUGCACCGGCGUGGCGCUGCCCUUCAUCCCGCUGAUGGGCCUGAACCGGGAGCUAAGUUUCAGCUCCUGUCUGGUGGCUCACAUUUUCCCAAACUUCCUGUUCUUGGCGUUCCUCUUCAACCUGGUCAUGGUCCACUACGAGCGCUACAUCUGCAUCGUGGACCCGCUGCAUUACAACAACCUGUGGAUGCAUCGAAGUUUCCCUCUGGCGCUGCUGGUGGUGUGGCUGCCUCCGCUCCUGUACGCGUGUCUCCCGGCCUUUGGGUGGAGCAACUGGACAGGACCAGACUGGAACAGCUGCAGCCAAAAGCUGGCUCCGCUCUCAGGCUGUUCACCUAAUGGAACCACCUGCUGCUCAUAUCGCCGGGUGUUCCCUAACGCGUUCAUCUACCUGGAGGUGUAUGGACUCGUCCUGCCUGCUAUUCUAACCAUCGCCGGCAUGACUGGCCGGGUUCUGUGGAUCACCCGAGGCCAGCUGAGGGACAUCUGCCGUCUCCACCGUUCGGUGGAGCGGGGAAGUCAGGCCUCAGACCGGGAGCAGAGGCUGAACCUGCGCUACACUCGCUGUGUCGUGGCCGUGUCGCUGACCUUCCUCGCAUGCUGGGUCCCCUACCUCAUCUACAUGCACGUCUGCAUCGCAUUCCUCAUCAGUGACACCAAGUGGAGCUCCACCACUCACAUCGUGCUGUCCUGCACCGGUAUCGGGAGCAUGGCUGUGGUGCCGCUGGUGCUCGGCCUCGCCAACAGGCAGUACACAGAACCGGCUUACAAACUCCUCCAGAAGCUCAGAGACAGGUGGAGGAGAAGGAUGCAGGGAUCAGAGGAGGUGGCGGUCUGAGGAACCGCUGACGGAUCUGGAUAUUUAAUGAGGAUGGACUGCAUGCAGACCCAACAGGAGCAGACCCUGCUUCAGAACAGAAAAACACGUUUGCAUUGAUUCUUUCACAGCUUCUGUAUCAGUGUUCUUUAUAAAGACAUUUGUGUCUGUAGUUGUGCUGAAGGUUUACUCUCAAGUGUUCAUACUGAAGAUGACAGUAUGAGACAUAAGUGAAAAGAUGUCUCAAACUAGACUAAAAGCCCCAUUCAGAUUUUUGUCACAGGAUUAACACCUCAGGGGGAAGGUGGGGGAUAAAUUAUU